CCGCCCACACGGCGAUCCAUCCUCCCCGCCUCUCCCUCCCCGAACCCUAGAAUCUCGCGGCGCAGGCGCAGCUCCGCGCUUCGUCGCUGCGCCCCACCUCCCCCCUCUCGCCGUCAUUGCCGGCUUUCCCGCCACGCCACCACCCGCAGGCGCUAGGGUUUCGGGCGACGACGAUGGCCGCGGAGGAUCUCUCGUCCCUGACGCGGAAGCGCGGCCGCGAGGAGGAGGAGGAGGAGGGGGUCGUCGACGGCGACGGGGAGGCCGCCGAGAAGCGCCCGCGCGCGGGGGAGGAGGGGUCGGAGGGCGCGUCGCUGCUGGGGCUCGCCGGCUACGAGGACGAGGAGGAGGACGAGGCGGCUGCCGGGAGGGCCCGCGCGAAUGGCCGACACGAUGAAGAUGAAGAUGAAGAUGAAGAGGAAGAGGUGGUGGUGGAGGAGGUGGACGACGACGACGACGAGGAUGACGUGAGGAGGGGUCCGGAGAGGAGGCCGAGGCAGGUGGAGUUGCGGCGGGACUGCCCUUACCUCGACACCGUGAAUCGCCAGGUCCUUGAUUUUGAUUUUGAGAAGUUCUGCUCAAUAUCCUUAUCAAACCUGAACGUGUAUGCAUGUUUGGUUUGUGGAAAGUAUUACCAAGGAAGAGGCUUGAAAUCUCAUGCAUAUACCCACAGCCUUGAAGCUGGCCACCAUGUGUUUAUUAACCUUCAAACUGAGAAAGCAUACUGUCUUCCUGAUGGAUAUGAGAUAAAUGAUCCAUCGUUGGAAGAUAUCCGACAUGUUCUCAAUCCAAGGUUCACAACAGAGCAGGUUCAAACUCUUGAUAGGAACAAGCAGUGGUCUAGAGCUCUUGAUGGCUCCAAUUAUCUGCCUGGAAUGGUUGGUCUAAACAACAUCAAGGAGACAGAUUUUGUGAAUGUCACAAUACAGUCGCUAAUGAGAAUCACUCCUUUAAGAAAUUUCUUUCUCAUCCCUGAAAAUUAUCGGAACAGCAAAUCACCAUUGGUUCAUCGAUUUGGAGAACUAACUCGCAAAAUCUGGCAUGCGAGGAACUUCAAGGGCCAGGUUAGUCCACACGAGUUCCUGCAAGCAGUUAUGAAGGCCAGUGAUAAAAGGUUCCAGAUUGGUGUUCAGUCUGAUCCAGUGGAAUUUAUGUCAUGGCUCUUAAACACAAUGCACUCAAAACUAAAAAGUAGGAGGAGAAACAGAAGCAUCAUACAUGAUUGCUUUCAGGGAGAACUUGAAGUUGUUAAGGAAUUUCACAAGAAGCAUAUAGUGGAAAAGAAAGAGGACAGCGAUGAACAGAAUGGUGAUGCAAGUUCAGAUAUUGUCACUGAAACAUCUAGGGUUCCAUUCUUGAUGCUCGGCCUUGACCUACCACCUCCACCUCUUUUCAAAGAUGCCAUGGAGAAAAAUAUCAUUCCACAGGUACCACUGUUUAAUAUAUUGAAGAAGUUUGAUGGUGAAACAGUUACAGAGGUAGUGCGGCCAUCCAUUGCUCGGAUGAGAUAUCGAGUCAUCAGACUUCCAAAGUAUCUGAUCCUUCACAUGCGACGGUUUACCAAAAAUAACUUUUUUGUGGAGAAAAAUCCUACUCUAGUGAAUUUUCCUGUGAAGAACUUGGAAUUGAAAGAUUACAUCCCAUUACCUAAGCCAAAAGAUAAUGAGAAGCUGCGCUCAAAGUAUGAUCUCAUCGCCAACAUUGUCCAUGAUGGCAAGCCAGGCGAGGGAUGCUACAGAGUAUUUGUACAGCGGAAAUCAGAAGAGGCUUGGUAUGAAAUGCAAGAUCUCCAUGUCACCGAGACUCUUCCUCAGAUGGUAGCCCUUUCAGAAGCUUACAUGCAAAUAUAUGAGCAACACGAAUGAGUGAUGACUGGCUGGUGAUCAUCACGUAGCGGCUUCCGUACCAGCCUUUCUUUGUUGCUUCUCUCAGAUUUUAUCAGUAGAAGCUAAUACUCAUAUCCUGGCGGUGGGGCGGAGGCGACUCUAGGAGCUAACAGCUGCAAAAUGUAAAAUUCAUGGGAAUCGUAUUUCCGAGAGCUUUGGUUGACCGGCUGUUUAGAGCAGUUUAAAAGUAUUUAUAUUAAGUAUUUCCGUCUACUUUAUCCAUUACAUUAUAAUAGCAUGAGCUGUACAAUAUUUUGUUGCCAACCAUCAUAAUACUCAGGUAUGGGUUGAGGCGAGCAAAGCAAUAUGUACGUUUGCCCCUGAGAAUUAUGCCACUUUAAAAGUUAAUAAUAUAAACAACAUUUUUC